AUGUCGAUCAUCCAACUCGAAGAUCUGGUCUUGUACCAGCUGCGGACCAGCUAUCUCAACGACAUCGCCGAUGGCGUCGGCGAGCGCCUGUUCACCCUGAACGAGGGCUUCCUGAACUCAGCCCCCUUCAAGGCUGCUGGAUGGCGCACAAACCCGGCUCUCAUCAAGCGAACUCACUCCCCUCCAAUCCCCACCGCGGUGGCCUCGGAGUACUUCCAGGCACCCCGCCGCCCCGGCUUGACUCUCGAAGAUGAAGGGGAAGAAGGCGCCUUGUUUUCCGGAAGCGUCGCCGAGACUGUUGGCCCCAGCAUGGCAACAAAGCGUCGCCGCCGCCGGGAGCAGAUGGAGGAGGACGACAGCAGCGACCUCAGCGAUGAGAGCGACGACGAGCCCGAUCAGCGUGCCGCUCAGCAAAUCAAGUUCGCCAAGAUGCCCGUACGCAACCGCUCCGGCUCUUCGCCUCCUCAAUCAUCGACUCUCCGCCAGACUACCACACUGUCGUCACCCCGGCCAGCUGCCCGGAGGGGGUCUCAGUCUGCCCUCGAGACGGUCAAGGAGAGGGCCCGGCGAGAUACCGUGACGAGCAGCGAGGUUUCUUCCGAAAACGAGUUCGAUGCCUCCGGAUUUCACAAGCACCGAGAGGCCGCUCGGGCAGCCGCCGCCCGCGCCGCCAAGUUAUCCGUCAAGCUCAACACCGAGCCGAUCGAGGGUGUCAAACGCCAGGCGAGCGACCUGCUCGAAGAGGAAGAGGAAGACGACUCGGAUGCAUCAGACAUGUCAUUAGCCCUUAUCGAGAGCAUUGACUCGGCGUCAAUCCUGGAUGCUGUCAAGAACCCCCUGAAUGCAUCCUUAAGAGACCAAGUGGUCGGAACGCCUCCCCGGGAAUUCACAAGACGAUCCACAAUUCGCAAGUCGGCCAUACCCCCUCCGCUGCAUGUACCUGUGGGAGAGCUGCCGCCGCCACGGCCCAUGAGCACCAUUCGGCCCCUCAGCAUGGUACAGCCAAAGAGUCUACUCUCUGCCGCCCUAAGAGCGAAGAAGACAAAACCGGCCCUUCCCUUUGACAGCUUUGCCUCGCUGUCAGGUCAGGGAGACCCCAAUCCCAUCAUGCUUCGAAUUUAUGCCCCUUUCUCCAAGACGCCAUCACGGCCGUUUGAGGUACUCAUCCGACGGACCAUCCAUCAAGGCGAGGGUGGUGACAGACCCGUGACGGUCGCUGAUCUGAUCGGACUCAGCCUGUGGCGCUACAACGAGGAGAAGCUGGAGCCGCCACUCCCCAGUGACAAGCUGAAUGUGAAUUGGUGGACGCUGCGCAUGGUCGAGGAAGAUGGCGAGGUCGACGACGACUUCCCCCCCCUAGAACGGAAGAAGGCCCUCAUUUCGUUUACCACGGCCAACAAUAAGGCUGGCCGAUCCCGCUCGAACUCGAGGGUUUACGACGUCUUCGCAUUGGUCCAGGCAUCUCCAGGAGAGUUCGAGGAGAACAAACGUAGCACGCCGCAGUUUGAGCAAGAGCCGGCAGGGGCGGAGGAGGACAAGGACCCGACGCCUCGCAGCACCCCGCGACCAGACGAUGGCAUGCCCCCACCCCCGGCCCAGCCACGAGAGAAUCCGCUCCUCAACACGGCGUACCGCGCGAAUACAACGAUAUUCGCCGACAUUCCCCAGUUGACACAACCAGCAAAUGUGCAGUCGCGCGGAGAGAAGAGGCUCUUGCGCAUUCACAUUCAUUCCUCGGAUAUCGCCCCAGGACAGAUGAUCACACUGGACGUGAGCACAGACACUUGGCUGGCCGAGGUGCUCGACAUUGCCUGCAGGAAGCGGCAGCUAGAUAAGGCCAAUCAUGUGCUGAAGCUUCCGCAUUCCGGAACCGUCGUGUUGCUCGACCGAACCGUCGCCUCACUCGGCAAUGUCACCGACUUGGAUCUCUAUAGGCGCCGCUUUGCUUCCGAUGGCCCUCUUAUGACCGGAUCGCUGAGCAGCUCCUCGCCAAGGCCGCAGCUCUUCACCGACAACGCCAGCUGGACAAAAACGAAGAAGUCCAAACUUUUGGGCACGCACCCGCUGGCGAAGGAGGUGUUGAAGCAGGACGAGCUUGGGGUCGCCGCCAACUACAAGAAAUACACAGUCUGGCGCAAGCAGCCCAUGCGGCUGUUGUCCGAAAAGUUGCUCGCCAUUGAUGGCGAGUACAUCCACAUCAUGCCUGCCUCGGGCGGGAAGCUGGCUGAAGGCGACGGCAAGUCGACGACGGUCCACUUCAGCAAUGUGGUUGGCUGCAAGGUCUCGAGAAAACACCCAACAAACUUUAAGCUGGUUGUUUUUAAGUCGACGGAGAGCAAGAGAUACGACUUUGUCACGAGCAGUGCCGAGUAUGCCGCAGAAAUUGUGGCCGAGCUCAAGAAAGGCAUCUCGCCCUACCGAGAGGUCUGA